AUGAGGUCUCUCGCUGCCCUCGUGCUGCUUCCCCUCCUCGCCGAGGCUGCGGGAAGCCAAAACGUCAAGAGGCAACAGCAGUGCAGAAACGACAGCUGCUUUCGGGCCGUUGCCCCUGAAAACCGCAGGCAAGACUGCCAGAACUUCAUCGGCACGACAACGGUCACUGGGGAUCUCACCCUCGAGACUGCGUUUGUCACCGUCGGUGUUACGGGCUUUGUUGAUGUCGAUGCCAUUGGCACUGUGGCUAUCCCCGUCACCGCCCAGGUAACUCAUGAAGUAACCAACACCUUGACGAGCUAUGUGGCAACCGUGACUUCUACGGUAGUCCAGGCAGCACCAACCGAUGCCUCGCCCAAUCUUGCUAAGAGACGGUGGGGCAAGAGACAGUGGGACUGGAACUGGUGGAUGAACAAUGCCAAGAUGCCUGGCGGAUAUCCCAUGUACGCGGCGACGUGCUGGGAUACAUCCCGUUACAUCAGCGCCUGCAACUGCGCCGGUGUCAACACCAUGACCAUGACGCUCCCGGGGCCGGUGUCGACGACUACAUUCACCGUCUACUCGACGGACUCGUUCCAAACUAAUAUCAACACAGUCGGUCAAAACACCGUGACGAAUGUUGUGGCUACCAACAUUGCCACGCAGACCGUCAGCACAGUCGUCCAGGCCACGCAGACCGUGGUGGUGACUGCCCCGGAGGGUGGAAACCCCUCGACGACCGGGUCCCCGGGCAGCUUGACCACCGCGGACACCUCCUCCGUGAGCGAGGCUGCCAGCUCGACGUGGUCCUCGUCCAGCGAAUUCACCAGCUCGACCAUGUUCUCCAGCGACGGCCCCAUUCCUACUACGGCCCCGUUCAGCAACUCUACGCAGCCUCCCAUCAGUCAGCAUACCGAGACAGUCGUCGCCACCGUCACCGCCAGUGGUUCCAUGUCGGACCUGACCAGGGCCACCCAGUCGCUUUCCAGCGCCAUCGCCUCAGACUUCCCGACGUCUAUCCUCACGGCCAACACCACCUUCGCGACGGCCACCAAGAGCACGAGCGCGACCCCUACCCCCACGGGCGUCGCCAAGAGCUUCCGCCUCAAGGUCCAGAGCGGCCCGCUGGCCGACAGCUACCUGGUCCUGCAGGCCUGGAAGGACCUGGGCGCGGCCAACGGUGGCGAAGCGUACCUGAUCACGUUCGCGGGCGGCAACAACGGGUCCACGGCGGCGCCGUCGCUGUGGGCCAUGGGCGGCGGGCUCGACAUGCCGGACACGAGCAGCUUGAGCAUUUACGCCAUCGAUGCCCCGGCCAGGGGCAAGGUCAUCGUGUCGACGGUGGGCAUGAACUCGCGCCUCGCCGUCGCGGCCCCGGGAGCCGGCGCCGCCUACCUCGCAUCGGACCUGCUCCAAUGUGCCAUCGAUGCCACCAACACGGUCACCUGCCAGGAGGCGGGUCCCGACGGCGCGCCGUACAACCAGCUCGGCAACUGCGGCGAGGACAUGGGCAUCUUCAAGGGCUCCAACACGUGCGGUGGCGGCACACUGUUCGCGCUCACUGCUGAGUAUGUCUAA